AGCUGCUCCAUCCUGCCUUUUUCUAUCUGUCUCUUUCAGUAUUCGCUCUGUGGAGAAGGCCCGUGCUGAGCUCCUGCCUGAGAUCGCUCAAAUGCGUGCCAAAGCUCAAGAGGAACAGAAGAAAAGAGAGAACCAGGAUUCGCUUGUCCGUCGCAUGCAGAAGAGAGUCCUACUGCUCACCAAGGAGCGCGAUGGAAUGAGGGCCAUAUUAGAGUCGUACGACAGCGAGUUGGCCACAAGUGAAUACUCCCCUCAGCUCAUGUUCCGGGUCAAGGAGGCAGAGGACAUGCUGCAGAAAGUCCAGGCACACAAUACUGAGAUGGAGACUCAACUGUCUAAAGCCCAGGAGGAGGCAGGCACCUUCAAAUUACAAGUUCAGAUGAUGACUGCUGAACUCGAGGCUCUGAAAGAGCAGCAGGUGUCUAAUGCUGAGAAAAACACCUUAGCAACAGCAGAGGAAGUCAGCUCUCUCAGGCAGAAGAUUGAGGAAUUGGAGGCAGAACGUCAGCGGCUGGAAGAGCAAAACAACAUUCUGGAGAUGAGACUAGAGAGGCAUAACCUCCAGGGAGACUAUGACCCUGUAAAGACAAAGGUGAUCCACCUGCAAAUGAACCCCACCAGCAUCGCAAAGCAGCAGCACGCUGAAGAAGUGGAACAGCUGAGGUUGGAGUGUCAACUCUUGAGGGACCGAAUCCGGAAAAUUGAGGCAGGUGGUGGGGUGACAAAAGAUGACACUACCCUCAUCAUCCCACCUUCACAAGAAAUACUGGACUUGCGUAAGCAGAUGGAGAGUGCAGAACUGAAGAACCAGCGCUUGAAGGAAGUGUUCCAGAAGAAGAUUCAAGAGUUCCGUACUGCUUGUUACGUACUUACCGGGUACCAGAUCGACAUCACCGUGGAGAACCAGUACCGGCUCACUUCGGUGUACGCUGAGCAUAUGGAGGAUUCGUUAUUGUUUAAGUCUACUGGUCCAGUGGGCAGUGGCAGCAUGCAGCUGUUGGAGACAGAUUUUUCCCGCACUCUAACUGGACUGGUAGAUCUGCAUCUCUUCCAUCAGAAGAGCAUCCCAGUGUUCCUCAGCGCGGUCACCAUCGAGCUGUUCAGCCGCCAGACUGUCACCUGAUUUACCCAUCAUUGCUCGACCACACGGUGCUCAGGGAACUCUCUCUCUCUCUCUCACACACACACACACACACACACACAAACACACACACGCACAGCAAGACACUGACAUCUACAGAACUCCUGGGCAUACAAUCUGAUCAUUUUUAAUUUGCUUUUUUUUUUUCCCCCAGAUCAAGCAUUGCAUAGUUGAAGGUCAUCAUAGCAUGACAAUCUAUAUGCCAACAUUUCAGUAGUAUAGUGAUUGUGUAUUUUUCUUUUAAUACUAUAAACCCACACUGUGUUGUUUAAGAAACGGGUUAACAUGUACAAGAGAAACCUGAAGAUGUGCAGUCCUCUUUUUACAAGCAUCAUCUUUCAUGGCUGUUUAUUUGUCUGUAUUGAGGAAAAAAUA